CUAUGGCCCAUGGGCUUCACAACAAAUAGACACGUCCUGACACGUCUCUUUUUCUACAUUACCCUCAAAUAUCACUUCAUGCAUUCCCUCGAAAGUUUCAUUGUCGUUGAGAAACUUCCAUACUUGGGAGUUCGCCGUUUCACUCCAUACUGCAUGACUCGGAAACCUUAUCCAUGCUGCGUCAAGCCACAUUUUGUCGCGUCACUGCCUCGUCACUUCCGCGUCAAACUUCAUCCAUGCCGCGUCGUCACUGCUGAUUUUCACCUGGCGCGCUCAAUUCUCUUGACAGGUAUAUCAUUGGUUAUCAUCAUUACAUGUAGCAUUUGCAUCCUAUAAAGCCCCUGUGGUCUCGCUCGAACCUCAGGUCCACCUACUCCCCGUCCACGACCAUGACAUUUCUGCCUAAUGACCCUACCACGCUGGCUGUCAUCGGCUGUGGUCAGAGAGGGACCACCUAUGCCGAAUAUGCCCUUGAUUAUCCGCAGAAGUGCAAGGUCGUGGCUAUUGCAGAUCCGAGGCCAAAGACCCGCGAUCUCUUUGUCCGCAAUCACACGCUUGAUCGGACCCUCGUGUUUAGUACCUGGGAGGAGCUCUUGAAGGCUUCCGCGGAGACCAUUAAAAUUACUGGGAAGCGCCUAGCGGAUGCUGUUAUUGUUACGGUGCAAGACCACAUGCAUUGCGAAGUGGUGUUAGCGUUCGCUGCACAGGGAUAUCAUAUACUUUGCGAAAAACCCAUGGCUACAAGUCUUCAAGACUGCCUUGACAUGGAGAAGGCAGUUAAGAAUGCUGGUAUUAUCUUCGGAAUUGGUCACGUCUUGCGCUACUCCUCUUAUAACAUGGCCGUCACAAAAGUGAUCCGUUCAGGACAGUUAGGUAACCUGAUUAACGCGGUUCACAUAGUGCCAGUUGGUUACUUUCCCUUUGCUCAUUCUUUCGUUCGUGGCAAUUGGAAGAAAGAGUCUGAGAGUUGUUUUUCUCUCAUGACUAAGUGCUGCCAUGACAUAGACAUCCUCUGUCACUGGCUUUCCCCUGCGACUCCGGCGCGAGUGUCUUCAUUCGGCUCUUUGCAGCAUUUCCGUGAGGAGCAGAAGCCUCCCGCAGCAGGCGCUGCAACUCGGUGCUUAGAAUGUCCAGUAGAACAAGAUUGCCCAUACAGUGCAAAGAAAAUAUACCUGGAACCAGUUUCUCGCGGAAAUAUCGGCCGACCAGCCAGCAAUCUUGUGGACGGAAUACCAGACAUCGAAAAUAUCACCGAUGCUUUGCAAAAUGGACCUUACGGACGAUGUGUAUACGAAAGCGAUAAUGAUGUCUGUGAUCAUCAGGUUGUAAAUAUCGAGUAUUCCACAGGGGCUACUGUGUCAUUCACGAUGGUGGCAUACAGCUCCAUGAUUUGGGAUCGCCAGACACGUUUGCACUUCACACACGGCGAGAUAGUUGGUGAUAUGAGUAAUUUUACCGUCACUGACUUCCGCACGGGGUGUACGACAACGCAUUCCCCGAAGACCGACGGUAGUCACCACGGAGGCGGAGAUCUGGGUCUUAUCCGUACUUUUGUCGAAGCUGUGCGCACAAGCAAUCAAGGGCUACUGGAUACUGAUGUCUCUGAGGUGCUCAAGGGUCAUCUCACGGUAUUUGCUGCUGAGACAAGCAGGAGAGAAGGUAGAGUGGUGGAUUGUGCGAUGUUUGAGGAAGCUGUUAGAGCAAAAUUAGAAAUGUAGGUUUUUUUUGUCAGUUGGUAUUGCACGGCGAAAUUGAUAUAAACAAAUGUACUGUCACAACACGCCGCCUGAAGAACGAAGGUAGGGAGAUCCGGGUCUUAUCGCACGAGCAAUCAAAAGGAGACCGGUACUGAUGAGCCUUUGAGGUGCCCAAAGAUCCGCUCUCCGUAUCUGCUGCCGAGACAAGCGGGGGA